AACAACUGAAUUGGUUUUUAUCAGUACGAUCUGGUGCAACAGGCCCUGUAUGAACAUUCAGAUUUUGGCCCAAAAUGGAAAUGAGUUUGAUGCCCUGAUAUUUGGGAUAAAAACGAGUGAAUCAUGGACUAUUUUGAAUGUAAACAAGAAUAAAGAGUGAGAUAUUUGGUGGUGGAAUGAUGUCACACCACCAGCAAAGGAAGACUCUGUGAUGUCACUGGCGGUGCAGUCUGUGAUGUCAUCAACUGCAGAAUUGUAUGCAACACAAUUCUGCAUAUUUUUCAUUGCUUGCAAUAUCACUGACCAGUUCAGACGUGCGCAAAGCUCUUUAAGGUAGUUUACCGAUCGACAACUUUAGUGAUUGUAUUUAGGAGAAUAUGUCUCAUUAUACGCCGAGAUACCGCAGUGGAACGAUGGGACCCCACGCGAGAAGGGGAGGCCAGCAAAACCCCCAAGGCAGGUUCCCUCCUGCACACCCGAGAAUCUUUCACGGGGAAAUCCAGGAACUCAGCUACGCCCUGGAAAUGGAGAGAGCCGGGAGGAUUGAAGACAACCAGAAACUGGCCCACCUGGAGGCCGAGCUGGAAGAGACGAAACUCCAGUUAAAGAAGCAGAAAGCUCUCAAAGAAACAUUUAUCAACGAGGCCAAGGAGGCAAAGAGGGAACUUGAGAGACUAGAGAAGUUCAGCGAUCCAGCAGUCCUUAACGCUGCGGUUAUUGCUUCUAAGGUUCACAACGAUGUGAAGUACAUGAAGAAGAAGAACUUGCAAGAAGACUUUGAGGAGUUAAAGGUGGCCCACCUCCUCAGCCGGGAAGCGUUUGUAGCUGAAAUACAAGCUGAGAGAAAGAAAAGUCUGGCCCUCCAAGAAGAACUGAACCAACUCCAGACUUCAUACGAGGAGCUGCGUUCCCAGUAUGAAGCAGAUGAUGCUCUGCUGAGGCAGGAGGCCGAGACACAAAAGUAUGAUGAAGCGAGGCUCAGUGAGGAACAACGGCUGCUGGAGAACUUGAGAGCUGAAAAGGAUGAAAUGUAUCAAGAAAUGUCUCAAAAGAUCACAUUCCUGCAAGGCAGUGAGAAACGUCUGCAGGAGGAAUUAACCCAGCUCAAAUGUUCAUACAAUGAGCUCAAUUGUAAAUACGAAAGGGAUGUUUCUGGAUUGAAGCAAGACAUGGAUAGAUAUCAGGAGGAAGUGAGACAUGCGACAGAUGCCAACAUAGAAAGAGACAACGAGAAUCUGCAGCUCAUCAACAAGCUGACAGCUGAAAAGGAGGAGCUCCUCCAAAAAAUGUCAGGAGAAAUCGAGACAUGCCAGCGUCAGGUAGAGCAGGAGAGAAAAGCUCACCUGGAGAAAACCGAGGAGGACAUGAAGCUUCUAGACAAUAUGAGAGCUGAGAAGGAGGAGCUCCUCCACAAAAUGUCAAGAGAAAUCUCAAUUCGGCAAAAGAGGGAGAAGCAAAUGCUGCACGAACUGGACCAGAUUCACACUCUCUACGAGGAGCUAAAAUGUAGAUAUGAAAGAGACAUUAUGGACAUACAGCAGCAGGUUGAGACAUACGAACAGAAGAUUUACAAAAACGAUUUACAAAGAGAAAGAGACGACCUACUGCUGGCCGGCAGUCUCAGAGCCGAGGAAGAAGGUUUCCAACAACAACCCAUCACGGUUUCCCAAGAGAAGGAAGAAGAUGAUUCACAGAACUACGUUAAAGUCUUAAAUCAAGAGGUUUCUUCAGAGGAGGAUCUCGCAGGAGAACCUUUACCAGGUUCUUCCACUGAUCCAGAAUCCUCAGAAGAGACCGAGGUUGCUGGUGAAACCAUCCUGGAGGAUUUGGACGAUCCAGAUGAGAAGGAGAAAGACGUGCAGGAGACGAACCGAGGACUGGAAUCAAACGCAUGGAGGAUGUAG